AAUAAACGGCCGCUAAAAUUAAUACCACAAACAUGGAGGCUGAAAUGAAGUUGAAAAGUGACACUGAAACAGUUGGUGUAUAGACUGAGCUGGUGUAUCUGACAGUACAUGCCAUGUUGUAGGCAUGGAGCAGCAUGUCUCUCAGCCCUGCUGGCGACGGCGGAGUUUGUGUUCGUAAUUUGCUAGCUUGUGUUGCUUGCUUCAGUUUUAAACUGGAUAGCAUUACAUUUGAGUAGAAGCGCUAAAGCAGCAGGGGAGGUCAUAAAGCACCCAUGAAGGGGUUGUAUACUGAAGAAAGUUCCUUCGUUAACUGACUAGAGUGAAGCUAUCCAGGGGAAUUAAACCUGCUGUGUAUACUAUAAUUUUUAAGUGGUUUGUGUGAUAAUUCGAAGUUAAUUAUCGUUUUUUUCAAUUAGGAAGAAUAAGUGUUUUGAUCAGUUGGUAAUUAACUCGACUAAUGGUAAUUAACACUUAAGCCCUGUAUGGCUGAUCUUAGAAUAAAGUUACACUCCAUUCACUUUUCCCUUUUCAUGCCUUCGUAUUAUAACCUAGUGUACAUGGAUCAUAGAGGCAGAGCGUUGAGUGCCUCUACUACAGAGUGCCAUAGUGUCUCUCACAAUGUGUUGAGUACCGAGUGAUGCAGUGUGCUACCCACAAAAUGGAAAAGAUUCCAAUGAGUCGUGGCACUAGUCAGUUCAAUGGGAAAUACGACUAUUAUUGCGACUAUACAUACGACCCUGUCCCUGGAUACACAGAGUUCGAGUACCAACCAUCCAACAAACCACCCACUCUACACCUCCAGCCUCAGAACACACACAAAUACUCCCACGCUGAGAAGGAUAAGGACGACCCCAGGUUAGCAGCGGGAGGAUUAGAGAUUGUAGAAACUAGACCGGCGGAAACUAGAUGUGUUAGAGAAGACGCCGAAGGAGUGGAGAAUAGAGGAACCAGAGACCAGGAAAGAGGAGGAGGAGGCGGAGGAGGAGGAAGAAGAGAAGGGGAAGAAAGAGUGCGUAUAGAGGGAGGAAGAGAAGUGGAUAAGCGGUGGUGUCCUCUAGUUAUCAUCUUCCUGAUCCUUCUAGUAGUCAUCUUCCUGGUCGUGGCGGCUCUCAUCCUGUACUUCAACUAUACGACCGUGGAGGACUCGCCUGCAGAGGCCGCAGAGAGUGACGAAGAGGAGCUGUGCCAGGGUGUGGUGUGUCCGUAUGGAGAGUGCCAGCGAGGAGAGUGCCUGUGUCCGUCGGGGUGUCGUAGCGACAGACCCGUGUGUGGCACUGACGGGGUGACAUACGCUUCACGAUGCCAUCUUCUAAGAUAUUCUUGCACUUCCGCAGCCAACGUCACCUUGGCUCACGCCGGCGCCUGUCGUAAGUACUUCCUGCAUACACGAACACCUUUUCCUGUGAUUGUGUAUAUAUAG